AUGGCUAGUAACUCACGUGAAGAAGAGGCUCAAAAGAUGCUGAGUCAACUACAAAUGAAAAUGAUUGAUAUUCAAACUUCAUUAAAAAAAUCUACAGGUCAAGUCGACGGACUUAAACGUGAAAUUCAGCGUUCAAAAUUAACUGAUAAAGAAAUCAAUACACUUAAACCUGAAACACCAAUGUUUAGUCCAGUUGGUCGAAUGUUCGUAUUACAUACGAAAGCUGAAAUUCGUGAGCAAAUUGAAAAAAAAAUCAAGACAUGUGAAGAUGAUAUUAAAAAACAAGAAGCAUCAAAAACAUACUUGGAAAAACAGAUGCGCGAAUGUGAAACUCAAUUUAAAGAAAGACUUGCAGUAGCAGGAGGAGCUACAGGAGGAAAAAAAUCACGCUCAUAG